CACCACUACCAAAAAAACUUUUUUUUCUGUUUAGUGAGGUGCCUGAAGAUUCAGAGCAAAAUGCAUAUUGGAAGAUGCUAUUCCAGAGCUGGUUAGCUUGCAGUCAGGUGGUGUCUGCAUAAAACUGGCAGCUUCCAAUCCUUGGAGCCAGGAUUCUUGACUUGGGACAGUGUUGUGAUAAAAGCAUCUGAUAUGACAGAGUUUGUAACUGGAGAAUCCUAAAUAGCAAAACAUGCAAAAAUGUCUUCUCUGCUGCUUUGUCCCAAUGCUUACCUUUACUUCAGACAGAAAUGAAGCCACUCAGUUUUUAAUGUCUCCUUCUUUCUUCCUGAUAGACAUGCUGAGUAACUAGGUCACCAGGAUGGACUCUCAAGGAUUCUUUUUUAUUUUAUCGUUUAAUUACCAGAUGGUGAACAACGUAAGCUGAUUCUUUAUUGCCCCUUCCUUUCACAGCUAUUAGGGAAGAGGCUUACCUAGUAGACUUGUAUCAAUGCUUCUGCCUUGAGUUUUCUCAGGAGGUUCAUAAGGAGUAACAUGCAAAGCAAUCAUGGAGUUAGACCUGGGCUAAGACCAAACAACUAUCAAACAAUAAGUAGUACUGGUGUUGAUUUCAAAAUGAUCUGCUGGUUUGUUUUUAAAGAACAAUGCAACAAAAAGCUCUUGGCAGUUGGUUACUCCCUCAGACCUUGUUCUUUUUCCCUGCAUUUUAAUACUAUAUCUUUCUAUGUAAAACUAACUUUGAAAAAGUCUGUGUUCAUGUCUGUAUCUGUUAUUUGCCUGUAUUAAAGAAAUGUGUGGGAUGAAAGUGAAGAGGAAUUCUGUGCAAGACAUACAGUCAAUCAAUGAAAAUAACCCUUCAAAGAUCUAUGCAGGCUUCUGGGCAGAGAUCUUUCAUACAUAGUUUUGGUGUCUCGAAGACAUAACAAAAUGUUACAAGCAAGAAGUUCUUUCCAGUUCUGUACCUAGGUUGCUGAACUAGUAGUGCAAAUUUGAUUCAUUUCCUUCUUGUGCUUUUGUGUUAUGCUGAAAUGCAUUUGUUUGCCAAGAAUCAUUCCAUGAGUGGAAGUUCUUUAUGCAUACAUGCAAGCCAUAAUUCCUUACACGAGAAAAGCUUGGGGUGCUAAUUUAUCUAUUCCUCUAUUUGAUUUCAGCAAGAAAUUCGACCAAGUCUUGUCUUGGAAGACAUUUUCCUGUUUGUUUGUUCUCACUUUGAUUUCCAGAACAUUCUUCUUUUUUUUUUUAAUAAAGUUUGGAUUGAGUACUCCUCAGAGACAGUGAAUCCUAAACUUAAGCAGGAUCACACAGCCCCAGAUUUCAGACAUCUGAUCUUUAUGCCAAGGAUUUCUAUGAACCAAAGUAUUCAGCCUGUACACGGUAUUCCACUUAGUAACUACUAGCAUGGGUCAUGAAAGAAAAACAUAACAGUUAAAUGUCUUGGGCAUGUGUCACCAGAAUUCUGUCACACGAACAGAUAUGAGGUCAAAAGCCUCUCGCUGGAAAGGAUGCUGGAGUGACUACAGGUUAUAGAUGCCGCAGCAGAACUUGGUUAGUUGACUGCCCUCAUCCUAGUGAGGAACUAAGCACUCACACAGGGUCAGUUUUGCCAUUCUAUUAAAUUUGAAUAGUUCGGUGGGAAAAAGCAGCAGUCCUGUUUCCUUCUCACAGAACUGACUUCUCCCUGGAAUACCAGAAACCUAAUUGAAGCGCAGGUAGAGAUAGCAUUUUUACACCUGUUUUGCAGACUUUUUGUCUUGCCCUUGAGCCUGUUAAUGAAAUCUGGGCCUGAUGGUCUCAGGCAACUCAGUCUUAACAUCCAUCUGUUGCAGUAAAGCCAGUCUGCCUCGCUCAGUUAUUAGAAUUAGGGCAAAAUAUCUUGUGACUUCAAGAUAUGUUCUCAACUUUGUUGUCAUGAGCCCUGGUGUAAACAACAACACGCCUUGCCCUUUCCCUCUCCUCCCACUAUAACCAUCAGUCAGUCACACACUGGGACAUUUCUGACCUGCAGGGCCAGAUGCAGCUGCACUUAUCAUUCAGUACCCAUGUUGCCUUGGGCAGGAUAAAACAGUGCAUUAAAUGUAAGCUUUAUUGUCCCUGCCAGUUUUACUGAUAAGGAAAAGUUAUGAGCUAACUUGCUGCAAAGGCUGAGCACAAAUUAUUCUUUCAUUUCAAUUAACAGUGGUUCUCUAAUGAAAGGCCAGUAAUUAAGGCCAACCUGACAUACCAGUCAAACUUAAAUUGUGCCUGCAUGUCCUGUAUGAGACAUGGACAUUGAUCUUAAUUGACUAGAACAAAUGUAAAGGCUGUACAAUUAUUUUCCCAGCUAACAUUGCAGAAGACACAGAUGAUGAGAAAUGAGUGACAUUUCUCCAUGGUGGAAAUCUCUACAGUAAAUAAUUUACCUCAAGAUCUGCAGAGUGGACUAUAGCUUCAUGUUCUCUGGACAGUGAAGGAACUGAAAUUAAAAAGGUGAUUAAGUGCUAAGUACUACAGUGUCUAGGCCUGUACACUGGAAUCUUCAAGCAAGAAUUUGGUGCCUCAUUGCCUUGGUCUCUCUUUAGAGCUAUAAAGAAAGCUGGGUACUUUAAAUGGCUUUUGAUCAGCCAGCUUGCUAUGGGGAAGGGCAGUGCUGUAAAUAAAAAGAAAAUACUGUUUUUAAAGCCAUCCCUUUCAGGAAUACUUUUAGAAGCUAGUUUACUUGGCAUGGCAUCCCUUUGCCCUGUCUAAGCUGCUCCUGAGCACCAGAGGCUUCUGCAGUUGCUGGACUGUGCAGAAAGCACACAAAAUGGUCCCUGAGCCACUGGCCCUGGUGCUUGUUCCAAACAUUGUUUGUGCAAGUUUAUAUGAUACAACUGGUUAAUUAACAAAGGGCAACAGCAGCCAUCACAGCAAAGAUCAGAGUUUGUGUUUUCUUCACUCCCAUUCAAAAUGGAUGACAUAUAUAAUAAAUAAUGUAUUUGUAAGUGAAAACAGUCCUGUACAUGGCAGUCCAGCUGUAGCCUGUCAGUCUUCUCCAAAGCUCUUACAAGCUUCUCUGAGAUGAUCGUCACCAUGCGUCAUGCAAAAACUAGGACAAAGUAGUGCAAACAUAGUUAUUUAAAAUGCUGUCGUCUUUAUGGAAGCAAGCGGAUUAGGCUGUUGGACUUAAUCUCAUUUAAUGUCUCCGAAGGCUGGACUGGAGCAUCAGGGCUAACAGGUGCUCUGCUUCUCUGAGAGCCAGUACUGCUGCCUGAACAGGACCCCUGGCUCUUGGAAGGGCAAACUUUUUGUCCUGCAUUCAUCAGAGGCUGCAUUCAUAGAACCUACACCAGGCUUUGGUCUUUGACAAUGCAACAACUGUCCCACACGGUUCUUGUCACAAGUGUCACAAGUCUCCUUGUUCACAGGAAGGGAAAAUCUCUGUCUCCUUAGGCAACAGGGCUUGCUUUCAUCUCUGAGGCAGCUGCUAAUGACUGCCAGCAUUCUGCCCUCCGUGCUUCCUGGGAGGCAAGGCGGGGGCAGCAUGCAGCUCCUGUGGCAGGAAGCAAUGGCAGCCAUGUCAGGUACUGCUGCCCAGCAGGUAUGUGAGCCUGCCCGUUGGUAAGGCCACUCAGCAAUGAGCAAGGCAUCGGUAAUAACAGUGCUUCAAAGCUGCGUUCCUCAGCAGGUGCUAACCGGGCCUCGUAAUGCCACAGGUACUCAAUGCCUCAUACUUGCCCUGAGGCCAAGAUGGCGACGGGGGGCAGUGGGGGAGCCAAGAUGGCGGCGGGGGGCAGUGGGGGAGCCAAGAUGGCGGCGGGGGGGUCUCACCCCCAUCACUGAGCAGGGAACCGGGGCUAAAAGCAUAAUUAAAGCUUCCUCAAUAGCAGAAUGAACAAAAGACAAACCCGGCGUGAAGUGCUGCCCCUACCCAGCACACUCAACCCCCCCCCUCCCCCCGCGGGGGCCCACACACCGCCCAGCCCUAGGGGCGGCUCGGGGGCAGGGCUUUGUGAGAAGGCCGCGCCCAUCGCCGUGGAUGGGGCGGGGUCAGCCCGGAUCGACGCCGCUCUUCCGUAAACACCACCCAGCCCUCUGGCCGGCCUUCCCCCGGCCGGGCCCAUUCCGCACAGGGGGGGCGCGACAGGGUUUUUCCUCUGUCACCUCCUCUUGCUCCUCGCCUAGCGCUCGGCUCCGGGAACGCCGCGGGGGACACACACUGUUUGUGUGGGGAUGAGGAGGAGCUGACCUGAAUCCCUCGGGAUAGCUGGCAGCUGGCGGGCAGGAAAGAGUUACUUCCCCCCCCCAUCCCCCUCCGCGUUCCCGUCAGAGAUGGGCGCGCCCGAGGAAGGCACUCAUAGUCCGGGCUGCUACAUAAAUCCGGGGGGUGUUUAAAGCCCCGGCGAGCGCCGCGAGUGGAGCUGGGCUGCCCGUGUUGCGGGGCUGCGACUGAAGCAGUAGACACACUGUGAAGGCAAGGGAUUUACGAGGUCUCUUGGGCCAGUACACAUCUAAAAACACACAGCAGUUUUUUCCAUGGACCACAUGCAACAUUGACCUUCUGGAGAGCAGAAAGGCACUCAAAUGCAUCAUCUUUCCUCUUGGGGGCGGAGGAGGAAACAAACACCAAGCAACUAUUAAUCAACACAAUUAACAGAUCUUGUUUAAUUCACCAGCUAAAGGGAAGCACAAUGCCUCUCAAUGAUGACCAGAACAGUGAUUCAGAUUCUUCUCGCCUCUCUGAAAGUGCAGCCUCUUCUAGUGACUCUGAAUAUUCAAGACAGAGCUUUAACAGCGAUUCUUCAAGCAAACCCAGUUCCCCAGCUUCAGCAAGUCCUCCCAAGAUGGUUACAUUUGAUGAACUGAUGGCAGCUGCGAGAAAUUUAUCCAACUUGACAUUAGCUCAUGAAAUUGCUGUAAAUGCAAAUUUCUGUAUAAAACACGAAGACCACCCACAGAACAGCUUAGCAGGCACAGUGAAACAAAUAGUACACAAGGCAUUUUGGGAUCACCUGGAAUCGGAACUGAAUGAAGACCCUCCAGAAUAUGAACAUGCUAUCAAGCUCUUUGAGGAAAUUAAGGAGAUUCUUCUUUCCUUCCUGGCUCCAGGAGCAAACAGGAUUCAAAAUCAAAUUUGUGAAGUUCUGGACACAGAUCUUAUAAGGCAGCAGGCAGAACACAAUGCUGUUGAUAUUCAUGGGCUAGCUAACUAUAUAAUCAACACUAUGGGAAAACUAUGUGCUCCAAUAAGAGACAACGAUAUAAAACAGUUAAAAGCAACUGAAAAUAUUGUAGAAUUACUGAGGCAAAUAUUCCAUGUCCUGGACCUGAUGAAAAUGGAUGUAGCAAAUUACACAAUUCAGAGCCUUAGACCAUACCUUCGACGUAAUUUGGUGGACUAUGAAAGAACAAAAUUCCAGGAAAUUCUUGAAGAAACACCAAGUGCUCUGGAUCUCACAACAGAAUGGAUAAAGGAAUCAAUAGAAGAUGAAUUGUCAUCUAUUUCCAAUGAAUCAUCCUCAUCCCCUGGUGCUCAUCAUAGUUCUAAAUCAAGUAUUAGUCCUACACUGGUGCUAAACAAUGGCUACUUGAAACUAUUACAGUGGGACUACCACAAAACAAUUCCAGAGACUCUAAUAACAGAUGAAGUUCGUCUUCAGGAGUUGAGAGAAAAGCUGAAUCAAUUAAAAAUCAUAGCUUGUGUUUGCCUCAUAACAAACAAUAUGGUGGGUGCAGCGACUGUAAAUGUGCCUGAUUUUGCCAACCAACUGAAAAGAGUCUCUGUUCCCCUUCUUGAAGGCAUGAGCAAGAAAACUUUUGAUUUGAAAGAAGCUCUGAAUGCUAUUGGUGUUCAGAUUUGCAUCAAAGUGAAUGAGUCUCUCACUGAAAGAGAUCUUCCCACUCUUAAUGCAGAAAUGCAGAAUAAUUUAGUGGGUCAGAUUGCAAGUAUUGUUGAGGAGAAUAACCCCGUCAGUUCCUUGAUUGAUAAACGGAUCCAGUUGUUCAUGAAAAGCUUGCUUGCUCUUCCAAGUUUUCGGAAAUGUAUGCCUACGCUGCCUGGAGGCCUUUCUGUGAUUCAACCAGAGAUGGAACUUGUUGGAUCUCAAUUUGCAAGCAUUGUAGAAUUUAAUAAACAAGUAUAUGGACCAUUCUAUGCAAACAUACUUAAAAAAUUACUUUUUCCUGAGGCAGCAAUAGGGAAAGCAGAAGUAGAAGCACCCAGUAACUGAAGAAAAAAAAAAAAAAACUAUUUCUGUACCCCUUUUUUUACCUUCUGUCUUUUCUUAAUAGAGAGAUUGUGUUCUGGCUCCCCCACUAAGAACUCCAGUGACUAUUAAUGAGAGCAAUCUUUUAAAUUGUAUAUGGAUAGUUUCUGAAAUCCACUGGAAGAAAAUUAAUUAAUUUCAAUUACAUAUAUAUUUUAUUGAACUAAGUCUGCUUAAUGGAUUGUGGCACUUGUAUUUCACCUUUUGAGACAAGCAAUUAUUUGUAUUUGUGGUGGGUAAGAGAUGGUGAAGUACUAACUGUUUUGCCACCAUUAAAACAUAAUAUUUUUAAAAAUAUAUAUUUACAUAUAUUUACAUAUGCUAUUUUGAGAUGACAGAAUAAUUGUAGAUAAAAUGCACUAUGCUUACAUUGUAUUUUUUAGAGCAGCGUCUAAUUAAAAAAAAAAAUCAUGAUUCAGAAAAGACUUUGAAGUAUAAAAAGAAAUAUAGCAUAACUGCUUUUGUAACCAAAUCCAAGUUUAUAGUAGGUCAACUUCUGGUGCUCUUGCAAAUACUGGAACUAAACUUAGCCCAUGUUAUGUUCAGGAAUGCCAGUAUUACAAGUUGUUCUGGUAUGGAAGUUGCAGAAGAAGCAUUCAUUAUUUAAAAUAAGAAUCAUUCAGUAGUUGUCAAUUGGACAAGAUAGGGAGAUGAAACACUUCAGAAACAUGAUGCCAGGUGUGGGGUGGGAAUGCAAAUAUCUGUAUGAUACCCAUCUAGUGAAUGUCAUACAGAUUCCAAGUCUAACCUCUAAUAUAUAUACUUAUAUUGAUCUUAAUGGAUAUUAAGUAUUUCUAAGGUUGGGCUUUCUGACCUUUUUAUUCUUGAAAGCACUUGAAUUUGGGAGAUAUCUUACAGAGUACAACAGAGAGCCUUCACCUUCUAUAAUCUGUUGGAUAAGGGCCUAGAAUGUUCAAAAUGUAUUUUGGGUAUUCUUGUGUCAGAAAGCAGACAACCAGACCCCUUGCAAUUCUUGAAAAUGUGAUUAUGUUCACUCUCAGUAGGUGUCUGAGAGAAGUAAGUCUUCAUUUUAGAUUUAUAUUGUUCUGAAUUUGUUUUUAUCAAAAUCCCUGCAGAUUCAGCCCCAAUACCUAGUUCCCAUUUAUGACAGCAAGAAUCUUACAUACAGAAAUAGAAUAGGCUUGGAACUGAGAGAGAUGGAAGUAAACUUAUGUAAGUUUACAUGUUUUAUUUUGCAUAUUUCAGAUUACUGGGAAUAGAUACUGCUGCAAUACUUGAUAUACAUGUGUUCUUAUCUAUGAAAAUGAAUCAUAAUUUACUUGAAAAUGAUCCUUUAGUAUAUUAUCAUACAAUGGUCCUUUUAAAGUGUCAGAUAUAUAUAAAAAUUCCAUGUGGUACAAGUUAAAUAGCUUGUUUUUAAUAUUUUAUACUACAAUCUAUUCUUACUGAUGUGAAGAGUUGCCCAUAAAAGCUUAAUGUGCCACACAUAUUGUAUAUAUAUUACUAUGUCUAUUAUAACUGGGCAUUAUUAGCACUGUGGUUUUGUAGUCCAUUUUUACAGAAUUGUGUACUCUUUUUAGUAAGGGAAAUGACUUCUUGUCAGCUGUUCCUCAGUGUCUGAGGACUUUGGUCACAUGUACAUGGUAUGAAAAUCUUUUUUUUGAAAGGCCUUGUUAUAAAACAAAUGGCUGUAGUGCACUUCUGUUCUAUCCUUUGUUUAAAAAAAAAAUUGUAAAAACUGAAUAUGUACUCUGAAGGGAACUUCUAUGGAAGCCUGAAAAACCUGAGAAAGGAACUCUUAGAAUAUAGUAACUGUGCCAGGAGGUAAAAUGGAUUGUUUCAAACAGAUCUGGAACUUUGACAUGCAAUCCAAAGUCAGCAAGAGAAGAAUGCAUUUCAAAAGCCAUUACGGGAAAUUAAUUCUGUGAUUUGCUCCACCCUUAGAAAUACAUACUUUGAGUUUCAGCCAAAAGAUGAUUUUUUUUAUGGAUAUUGGAAGAACGUUUAUAAUGUGACUAUGAACUUUAUCUUAAUACAAUGUAUACAUUCUACUGUUUAAAGAAAAAAUUUUUUUUGGUGACUUGAAAAGGGCAUUUUAUAGCAUGGCCUAUGUUUCAAGUGCUUGUUUAAUGUAUCUUAAUUUUUAUUUAAUGUUCCAACCAUCAGGAUUGCAUCUGUUUAAUGUCAUGUUACUGCAUGCUGUUGCGCUACCCUAGCUGAAAAGCAUUUGCCUCCACUCUGAAGCAGUCCUUGUGAAACAAGAUGCCAUGCUGUAACAGCUUAUUUUGUUGAAAUACAAAUCUUUGAGGUUUUGUAUGCAUUCAAUUGUUUGUGAUACCAUUGUGCUGAAAAGUCUCUUACGCAAAUUGUUUCUGAAAUGUAAUGGGUCAUGUUAAAUGCUGAAGAUAAAGGACUGCACUAAUA